GUCAGGCAGCAGCAUUCAACGUGAACUUCCAGCGGGCCGAGGGCUACCCCAUCGACCUGUACUACCUCGUGGACCGGUCCAACCCCCUGCUCAAUGACCUCUUCCACGUCAAGAAGCUGGGGGGCAACCUAGUGCAGGCCCUUAAGGGAAUCACCGAGUCAGGCCACAUCGGCUUAGGGUCCCUCAUCAACACGCACCCUGAGAAGAUGCAGGACCCGUGCCCCGACCAGGAGAAGGCGUGCCAGCCCCCACUCGCCUUCAGGCACGUGGUGAAGCUCACCGAUUCCAACCAGUUCCAGACAGAGGUCGGGAAGCAGCUGAUUUCUGGACACCGGGAUGCCCCCCAGGACGGGCUGCACGCCCUGAUGCAAGUGGCUGCGUGCCCGGAGGAAAUCGGCUGGCGCAAUGUCACGCGGCUGCUGGUGUUUGCCACGGACAAUGGCCUCCCUUUUGUGGGCUCCGGGAAGCUAGGCACCAUCCUGACCCUCAAUGACAGCCGCUGCCACCUGGAGAACACCACGUACAAACGCAGCAAUGAAUUCGACCGCCCAUCGGUGCGCCAGCUGGCCCAUAAACUGGCUGAAAACCGCAUCCAGCUCAUCUUUGCUGCGACCGAGAGAAUGGUGAAAACCUAUGAG